AGACCCAUUGCAAAGUUUCGACUACAGUGCGACGGUUGUGCUUGAUCCAAAAACUUAUAGGGGGACACACAAUAAAUAUUUAUAUAGAGUCUAUACUAUAGACAAGGACUAAAUAUAUAUAAACUAAAACUAUAAGGAAUUAAAAUGGAACCCGGUCCCAGUGCAGUGAAUUACGAAGGCUGUGAAUCCGUUUACGGCAUGCCCGUGGAGGCUCACGAUCCUCUGUACUUGGAGGCAUAUCGCCAGAGCGUCCAGGAUCCGGUGGCCUUUUGGGAGGAGCAGGCCCACCUGCUCGACUGGGAUCGACCGUGGCAGAAGGUGCUGGACAACAGCAAUCCGCCCUUUACCAAGUGGUAUGUGGGGGGCUAUCUGAAUGCCUGCUACAACUCCAUCGAUCGGCACAUUCUGGCGGGCCGCGGUGCCAAGGUGGCCCUAAUCCACGACAGUCCGCUGACGGGAACGGUGCGCAGGGUGACCUACCAGGAGCUGUACGAUCAGAUCAUCCUGCUGGCCGGAAGUCUGGCCAAAAUGGGGGUGGUCAAGGGCGAUCGCGUGGUGAUCUACAUGCCCCUAAUCCCAGAGACCAUCAUUGCCAUGUUGGCGAUUGUUCGCCUUGGCGCCAUUCACUCGGUGGUCUUCGGUGGUUUCGCCGCCCGGGAGCUCUGCUCGCGGAUUGAGCACGUGGAGCCAAAGCUAGUGAUCGCCUCCAAUGUGGGCGUGGAGCCGGGCAAGGUGGUGCCCUAUCUGGACAUCCUGCACUCGGCCAUCAACAUGUCGCGUUGGCGGCCACCGCAGCGGAAUAUCAUCUUCCGGCGGGACAAUGUUAUGCCGGACACCACCAAACUGGAUCCGCAGACGGAUGUGCUCUGGUCGGAUGUCCUGAAAAUGUCGGAGGGUGAGCAGCCCAUAGCCUGCGUUCCCAUCGAGGCCAACGAUCCGUUGUAUAUCCUGUACACCUCCGGAACGACGGAUAAGCCCAAAGGAGUACUCCGCACCAUCGGAGGCCAUCUGGUGGCCCUGAUGUACACGCUGCGAAAUCUCUAUGGGAUUGGCCCUGGCGACACCUGGUGGGCGGCCUCGGAUAUGGGCUGGGUGGUGGGUCACUCGUACAUCUGCUACGGUCCACUCUGCCUGGGAGCCACCAGUGUGAUGUACGAGGGCAAACCUGAUCGCACCCCGGAUCCGGGUCAGUACUUCAGGAUCAUCGACCAGUACCAGGUGCGCUCAAUCUUCUCAGUGCCCACCUCUUUCCGGGUGAUCCGUCGUGCCGAUCCGGACAUAAGCUAUGGACGCCAGUACUCCAUGAAGUCCCUGCGCGCCAUAUUCAUUGCCGGCGAGCAUUGCGACUACGAGACCAAGUCCUGGAUCGAGAGGACCUUCAAGGUGCCGGUGCUCAACCACUGGUGGCAGACAGAGACGGGCUCCGCGGUGACGGCCACCUGCCUGGGCUUCAACCAGAACCUUAGUCCACCCGCCUAUACCACAGGCCUCCCACUCAUGGGCUACGACGUCAAGAUCCUGAAGCCGGAUGGGAACGAGGCGCAGACCUCGGAACUGGGCAGGAUUGCUCUGAAGCUACCCCUUCCACCCGGAAAUAUGGCCACCCUCUAUAAAAACGAAGACCUCUUCCGCAAGCUGUACUUUCAAAAGUUCCCCGGCUAUUACGAUACCAUGGAUGCCGGUUACAAGGACGAGCGUGGGUAUAUCUUUGUGACGGCCCGCGACGAUGAUGUGAUAAAUGUGGCUGGCCAUCGGUUGUCCACCUCCAGUCUGGAAGACGCUGUGCUCCGUCAUCCGGACGUGGUGGACGUGGCUGUUUUUGGGGUUCCAGAGGCCACCAAAGGCCAGGUGCCGCUGUGCCUGUACAUUCCAGUGGAGAGCUGCAAGAAGACGGAUGCCAAGCUAUCCACGGAGAUCAUCAAGCUGAUCCGGGAUGUGGUUGGCCCCAUCGCCGCCUUCCGGCUGAUCACCUCCGUGAAUAGCCUGCCACGUACUCGUUCCGGAAAGACGAUGCGGAAGGCCAUGGCGGAUUUUGCCCGGAAUGAGCGCGUUGUCCUCCCAGCGACCAUCGAUGAUGCCAGCGUCUUCGUCGAGAUCCGGAGGGCCCUAAAUCAACUGGGCUAUGCCAUGUCCGCUCCGGAACCGAUUGUGGCCAAGUUACUCGACUGAGGGGUUCUAGCAACCCUCAACUAUCCUCAACUUUCUCCUUAGCUUGUACGACUCCCAAAAAGAUGAAAAUAAAAUUUAAGCAAGUUUGGCUGGGGUU